ACAGACGACAGACGCAAUAAGUUUGUGGUACAGGUGGCAGUGGAGUGGAGUCACCGAUGACUUUGUUGUCAAAAUGAUGACAAAACUCCUACCUUUCUUUUCUAGGUAUUAGUUCUUUGUCAGUGUGAGUGUACAUCUGUGUCAAUGUCAAUGGAAGAAUUUAAGUGAGGAAGAUCAUUUAUCUGAGAAACCUUGUUAAAUCUGGAGAUAGCUCUUAGACCAAUGGCACGAGAGCAGAGGAGUGCAAAAGCAUGUUAGACAGCAGAUGCAACACAACGUAGCGGGCGGUGCAGAGGCCGAGCAGGCCCCCCGAGCAGCAGCAAGGCCGAGGCCCCUAGCAUGGUGAUGGCCGCGAGCCGGACGGAGCCGAGAUGCAUCACCACGAGCAGAUAGUAGGAGCUGUGCCGGAGCGCGCGGAAGUCGUGAGGUCGUACCGCAGUGUGGGGAUCUCACAGGUCUUCUCGCAUCUGCCUCAGAAAGACAUGACCCGCGAAUCUCCCGUGGACAGUCCUUUGGUGGCAAGACGUAACGACCUCCACAACAUGAAUGAAAGCUUUCAUCUCGACCCUGGACUUCAUGCUGAAGAUAUCCAGCAGCAGAUUCUCAAGCUGAAGAAACAUCAACAGCUGCAGCAGCAGAUAUUGCUCCAGCACUACCAGCAGCAACAGCAAUGCCUUGCCGAGCAGCACGAACAACAACUACGCCAUCAUCUUAAGCAAUGGGAACAACAAAAACAACUGGAGGAGCAAAGAGAAAGACGGGAAAAGGAGCGUCUAGAAGCUCUACGCAAGAAAGAUAAACAUGAACAGAGUGCUGUUGCAUCCUCAGGUGUUAAAGAAAAGCUCCAGGUGUUCCUUCUCAACAAAAAGCAGCGUGAAGCUAUGGCUAAUGGAUCUUCUCCUGGUCACCAAAUUUCACCAUCUACAUCAGCCACAUCAUUGGCUCAGCAAAGUCAACAGUCGCCCAGUAUUGGUGGCCAGCCCUUCCGCAACUGGAGCGUCUUGCAGCCCCCGGCUCCUGGAGAUACUGGAAACCUGAAUGCUGGGGCUGGACCAAAUGCUGUGCACCCCUAUCGUCUCAAUCCUCUAGUUGCUAAAUAUGAAGAAGACUUCCCUCUUCGAAAAACAGCCUCUGAACCUAAUCUUCUCAAGGUACGCCUGAAACAAAGAGUGAUCGACCGCCGUGCAAACCCUUUGGCAGGGAGAAAAGAUCGUCUUCAGAGAGUUAUGAAGAGGAGGUCACAUCUUGCAAUGGAUAUUAGUAGUAGUAAUCCUGAUUCUGGGCCAAAUUCUCCACCUGGCUCAUGUAACCGCCAAGCUUCACCCUCUGCUGGUGGACGAAAUACACCUAUUCAAGAGGAAGGAGAAAAUUUGACAUAUGGUCAGUUGAGUAACAGCAGUGAGCAGGGUAGCAUAAGCGAUCUCUCGUUAUACAGCAGUCCAUCCAUGCCAAAUAUUUCCCUUGGACGUCCACCAGCUCCAUCUAGUUCAAGGGAGGGAGGUAAACUUGCCCCUGUGUCUGAAGCUGAAGUACGUGCAGCAUUUACAGCUCGAUUAGGUAUGCCUCUGACUGGCCAAAUGAUGCCGGGUACUCUUCCUUUCUACCCUACCCUCCCUGUUCUAGAAGCAGAAUAUUCCAAUCCUACAUCGCCAGGAUACAUCCAUAAACAGAUGCAGAGUCUUGAACAGGCUCAUGGGCCAGUGACUGUGGGCGCAGGCGCCCCAGUUAUACCUGCUCCAUAUCACCCUCCAAUUACUGAUUCUCAGGUUGCACAUGCACGUCUUAACAAACAGGGCCACCGUCCGCUGGGACGCACACAAUCUGCCCCCUUACCAUUGGGUCACCCUAUGCUCACUGGAAGUGGACUCACUGUUGUUCCUCAUCAUGGAAAUUAUGAAGAUUACUUGCUACAGGAGAAACAACAAACUUUACAACACAAUCUUUUAAAGCAGCAAAUUCGUCAGACUGUACUGACUCGUGCAAACAGCCGUGGGCUUUCAACAAGUAGUAGUGGUGGACAAUUGGAUGAGACUGAUGAAAAUGCUGAGGUUAUUGAUCUGACUGAACGCAGAAGUGAAGAUCAUGAGUUAACUAAACAACAACGAGAAUUUCUUCAGCAGCAAAGAGAUUUAAGGAUGAGACAUACUUUGCAGAUUAGUGAAGGCUCUGCAUUUACUCCCCGCUCCCACGUUGCGCGACCACUAUCUCGCGCCCUCUCAAGCCCAUUGGUAGCAUUAGGGACCACUGACGGAGCUGGAAGCAUUCCACUUGGGGUGUCUAGUGCGGGCACUGCACCAAAAGUUUCCAGCAGUGGUGUGCAUCGGCUUACAACGGGACUAGCAUAUGAUAACACAAUGCUGAAACAUGCUUGUACAUGUGGAGAUAACUCAUCACAUCCUGAACAUAGUGGGAGACUUCACAGUGUAUGGGCUCGACUGUUGGAGACUGGUUUAGUACAGCGCUGUGAUAGAGUGAGAGCAAGAAAAGCAUCACUUGAGGAAUUGAAAGUUUGUCACAGUGAGGCUCAUGCACUUUUAUUUGGUACAAAUCCUUUGAAUCGACAAAAAUUAGAUAUGAACAAGCUUGCUCAGCUUCCUAUUAAGUGUUUUGUACGCUUGCCCUGUGGUGGUGUGGGGGUUGACUCAGAUACAACUUGGAACGAGCUGCACACAGCACCAGCUGCACGCAUGGCAGCUGGUUGUGUAAUUGAUCUUGCCUAUAAGACUGCUACUGGAGAUAUUAAAAAUGGGUUUGCAGUUGUCAGACCUCCUGGCCACCAUGCAGAACCUUCACAAGCCAUGGGAUUUUGUUUCUUCAAUUCUGUAGCUGUUGCUGCUAAAUUAGUGCAACAGAAUCUGAAUGUUCCACGUAUCCUUAUUGUAGAUUGGGAUGUACACCAUGGCAAUGGAACCCAGCAAAUGUUCUACGACGAUCCAAGGAUCCUAUAUCUAUCUAUCCACCGUCAUGACGACGGUAACUUCUUUCCUGGAACUGGGGGUCCUACAGAGUGUGGAGAGGGUAAGGGCCUGGGUUUCAAUAUAAAUGUAGCUUGGUCAGGAGGUGUAAAUCCUCCUAUGGGAGACGCUGAAUAUCUGGCAGCAUUCCGCACUAUUGUGAUGCCCAUAGCAAAGGAGUAUGCUCCUGAUUUGAUACUUGUAUCAGCUGGUUUUGAUGCAGCAAUUGGCCAUGCACCUCCACUUGGUGGCUACAAGGUGUCUCCAGCUUGUUUUGGAUACAUGACACACCAAUUACUUCCAUUAGCAGACGGAAAGGUUGUUUUAGCUCUGGAGGGAGGAUAUGAUUUACCGGCUAUCUGUGACUCUGCUCAAGAAUGUGUUCGUGCUCUAUUGGGAGAUGAUACUAUGCCCGUUCGAGAGGACGAACUCCGGCGCGAGCCAUGUCAAAAUGCAAUUGAUACACUUCAGAAGACAAUUGCUAUUCAGCAACAACAUUGGCCGUGCUUAAAACGCCUGGCACACACUGUCUCAUGUUCGGCAUUAGAGGCUUCACAAAAGGAGAGGGAUGAAACAGAGACAGUUACCGCUAUGGCUAGCUUAUCAAUGCAACAUCAGGCCAACAAUAUGCAAUCUCCUGAGCAUUCCCGUGAGCCAUCAGAGGAACCAAUGGAGCAAGAUGAAGUAAAAUGAAGAACUAAAGGAUUUAGAAAAUGAACAACUGUGACAUCAUUUCACUUCCUUUUGCACUAUAUUAUUGAAAGUUGUAGACUUUUGGAAGAUUCUCUGAGGCUCCUGCUAUAUUAUGACGAUAGUGUGAGGAAUAGUCUAGAUGUAUUACUCCAAAUCAUUCCUAUAAAAUGAAAUGAUAGUUAUAUUCAUGCUCUUAAAAUGCUAAGAGGAAACCUUUUCUUCACUUUUAAAAAAUUGGGAUCUCUAUUGUAACAUUGUUCUUUUGGCUUUUAUUCUAGGGGUUGUACAGUUUGUCUGUUCUUACUUCCAUUGCUCAAAAAGGAACGGUUUAUUGUUAUUACAUAUUAUAAACCAUACUUACACCAAAAAAGUAACUUUGGAAGUUUAACUUGUGAUACACUUGUGACAUGAAACUAAAUUGGUGUUAAUGUAAAGAAAGGCGUACUACAAGUUGCUCUUUUAGUGUCAUAUGUGCUCUUCCACCUACUCUUACCUUAUGUUAUUCCCACCUAAAAUACCGUAUUUCUUAUUUGAAUUAAGGGAAGCCUAUACAUACCUCUAAGUUGUGAAUUUACUUUAUUUUCUAAAUGGCAUAUAAUUGGACUGUAGUUGAGUGAUGCUUUUGCUUAAAUGGUCUUAUAAUGCAAAAGAUUUUUUGGAGGUGAACAGUUUUCUACUUCUUUCCUGUUCAAAAUUAAUCUUUCUUAUGCGGAUGCCUUGCCUUUGGCAGAGUGGCAGAUAUUUAUUGUAGCAAAUCUUAAUACCUUUGUGGGUUUCUGGUCAGCAGCAGGAUGGAGGAGACUACAAAGAUAUAUUGUGUACACUCCUGAAUGUAUUAGACAUUAUUUAUUAUGUUGCCAUGAUACCUGUUGUCGUUUUGUGAAAUGUUAGUUCUCCGUCUUUUUGUUGUAGUGAGGUUACAGCAAAGUAUAAAGCAGCUACUUUUGUUCAUAAUUUCUUAAGUGCACUUUGUGAUUUUUAAAAACAAUUAUUAAGGUUAAACUCACUUGCAUCAGUUAUUGAUUUGACAUUUCAUAGGCCUAGUACACUGAAGAAUGUGAUAUUCUAAAUUAGUUUGGUGUUUCUCAGUUGCAACACAAGUAAAAGUUUUACUUUGUAAUGGUAAAUGGUUUGUAAAAACAAACAAAAAAAAAACACAAAAAAGAUAAUUAAGCAAGCUUUGUUAUUAUGCUGUGACCCAAUAGGUGCCAUUUUCAUUCUUUUAAAAGAACAUAGUCUGCAAUUUUAAUCCUUCUAUUACUGGAUUGUUUUUGUAUUUGCUCAAAGCUAGCAAAUUUUUUUUCAGCUAACUGUUUGAGAAUGCUAGAGUACUUUUUUUUCUAAGGAAAAGAAAAUAUUGUUACUGUGUUAUCAAUUGAAUGUUCAAGUAUCAUUCCCUUUAAGUUUAAUUUCAAGCCCAGAGGCGAACACUUGAUGAUGCAUAGCCAGUCCUGCAAAGUGUGAAUCCAAUCAAGACGAAGAGGAUAAGUCGGAUCUUGUAUGUGUGGUGGAGUCUUCUAUUGGACCAAUCUCUUGCAAGUGUGUUGGGUAUUCAUUAUUUAGUAAUUUGUAAAAGUUCAUUAUGAUUUCUGUCUUUUAACUUUUAAGUUCCAACUAUUUGUGUAUAUUGUGUAAACUUCAAAAUGUGCCUAUUGUUUUAUUGUAUGUUUUCAUAAAUUCUAAAAGACAUGUUAAAUGGUGACCAUUUGUAGUAUUGUUAGAAAUAUUCUAUAUUAUAUGAUAUAGUCCUUUAUGAUCAUGUAGUCUUUACUUUGAAGUGCUGGUCACUCUUGAACUACUUAGUGAGGUAUAACGAACUAACUGUAGUAGUUUUUAUUUGUUUCUCUUUAUUACCUUUGUUGUCUAUAUUUGUUAAGUUGAUUGACAUCAUAAUUUCAUUUUUAAAUACUAGAUCCAGGAUGAUCCUGUUAUGAUGUUUUCAUUUUGAAGAGUUACAUAACUUACCCAUGAAUUGCUCUCAUAUUCACAGGUUUUACACACACACUCUUCACUUCUUCAAUGCACCAUCAACAUCUCAUUCCUUUGUAAGUCUUUUCAUUCAUUUUCACUCUCAGCCAUACUAGAAGAUUCAUGUAGGAACAUAUUCACUUUAGCUUGAAAUAUUUCCAUAAAGGUUCUGAUUUUGUGAGAAUGAAAAAAAAAAAUAGAUCUAAUGAUGACCUGUGGAAAUUAAUCUCAUUUGUUUCUUUUACUCCUAUUACUUUCCAAAGUGUGUGCAUGUAAGUUAGCUUUCAUAAUUUGAAGCAUCUUUAUUAUGAAAGAAAUCUAUAUGCAGUUUUUGUGAUAUGCAUGUAAGUAUGUGAAUGGCAAGAAUGUAAUUAAAGAGGCAUUUAUUUUUAUGUGAA